UUUCGUUCAAACUUACCACACCAAGUUUCCAACCUACAGUCGUAUACAUUUCUGACAAACAGUCUCGCGGUUGUAAAUGUUUGGAUACUGUUGUGGCAGGUAUAACGCGAUAACGAGGAAGACACUAGAAUGAUCUAGACUCGGCACAACGAUGCUCGGUAUAAUUGUGUCUGGACGACUUGUACAAACGGAUUUCCAACAAAUAGGAGAAAAUCAAUUUUUGAUAACAGUACCUGAUGCGGAUAACAUCAAUCACAUUGUUGUUUUUCUGACAGGUACCAUACCAUUUCCCGAUGGGACAGGUGGUGCAGUGUAUUUCAGUUGGCCAGACCCAACUGCUCCACCUAAUUGGCAGUUUCUUGGAUACAUUUCAAACGUUAAACCAUCGGCAAUAUUCAAGAUAUCGACGUUGAAAAAGAACCAUGAAUUUGAGAAUAGUAAUCUAGGAAUUUUUGGGGUGGGAAAAAUUUCGCACGUAGCACAAAUAGGCGUUUCGGUUGAACCUCUCGGGGCCAUCGAACAGUUAGCAGCUUCUGUGACCGAAGCCACGUCGAAUUCGUUCCUGGAGUUUGUUCAAAAAAUGCUUACCAGCUUUUUAAAUUACGUUACAAGUUUCUCUGUGACUCAAGCACAAAUGGCCCCAAAUCCGAACGAAAAUUAUGUCCCGCUAUCAACUAUUCAAGGAUGGUACGAAACUUUUGAGAGGAGAUUACAACAAAAUCCAAAUUUUUGGAAAGCAUGAUAAAAAAAGCAAUUAACUCUCGAUAGUUUCUCUCUAUUCUGCAUAGCGACAUCUCGUUUCAGCUUAGUGCUAGUGCUUCCUAUCGCGAAGUGCAGCAUAAUGAAAAUGAAAUACGUCGUAUUGCACGCAUAAAUUCAAAUUUUUUUUAUAUUUAUCGUCAAGCUACUGUAUCGUAAUAAUAAGAUUAAUUAUAAUACGAUCACGUUCUUUACUCGCAAUGCAGAAUUUCUCACUUGUAUGCGCAUUUAAUGUAAUCGUUUACUACAUUUUUCUUCUACCAAAUCGCUUUGCAUUCCUUUAAGACCAAGUAUCUCAGAAAUGUAAAUAUUUUUCAUUUACGGUGACAUAAACAAACAAAAUGAUCCUUCAUUAGUACCAUAAAAAA